UCCGCCAGUGCCCGAUUCUGCGAAAUCAACAAGAGGCGAAGGCACGGCGAGCCGCUCCGGUCAGAAGGCUCCAUCCAGGAGGAGGAGGCGGCGGAGACGCAACUGGUAUUUCCCCCCCACCCCCAAAACCAGCUCUCUCGUCUGGUUUUCCUCCAUCGGCCCCGGUGCUACCAGCGGGAGACGACGCGCGUGGAGCGCGGGGAGCCAGGCGGUCGAGGCGGGGAAGGAUGCGGGCGGUGAGCGGUUCGUCCCCGGGAGCCUGGCGCUGGUUUGGACGUCCUGAGCAGCAGGUGUACUGAACGGAUAGACUACAGGCAAAUCUCAGUGUUCAUGAAACUUUGCUACGAUUUACGUGCUGGGGUUGCCGUCCGCCAUGUUAAGGUAAAGCCCAGGAACGCGGUGUUGACCAUGCUAAAGCGCCUGGACAAGAUCCGGUUCCGAGGCCCCAGGACGAGAGAAGACUUCCCGGAUCUGGCCGAGUCGCCGCCUGCCUCCGACACCGAAUGUAGCGACGACAUGCAGCUGAAGCCCAGAUCAGCCCUGCGGGACACGGAGGACGCCCUGCGAGACCCUGCUGGUUCGGGGUCUCCAACCAUGGCUGCAGCCAUCCAGGAAUUCCAGAGGUCGGAGUCGGACAGACUCAAUGAAGUGAAAGGUCACUUGGAAAUUGCCUUGUUGGAGAAGCAUUUCCUACAGGAAGAGUUGAGGAAGCUGCGGGAAGAGACCAAUGUGGACUCCCUGCGGCAGGAGCUGGAGAGGGAGCGAAGCAAGAGGAUAGACCUGGAGCAGAAGAUGAACGAGGUGCUCAAAACCAGACUGGAGGACUCGCCACCUCAACCUCCCCGAAAACAGCAGCAGUCGCCCUCAAACAAUGGAACAGCCGACAAACAGCAGCAGAAGGAGGUGUGGAGCUCGCGGCUGCAGAAGUGGCUGUACGAGCGCUUCGGGGUUUACAUCGAAGACUUUCGCUUCCAGCCGGAGGAGAGCACCGUGGAGGCCGAGGAGCCGCUAAGUGCUAAAAGGUUGACAGAAAACAUGAGGCGACUCAAGCGAGGAGCCAGACCUGUCACCAACUUCUUAAGGAACCUCUCCGCCUUAUCUAAUUGGCACUCUGUCUACACCUCAGCUAUUGCCUUCAUUAUUUACAUGAAUGCUGCUUGGCAUGGCUGGGCCAUCCCCAUGUUCCUCUUCCUGGCCAUCCUGCGCCUGUCCUUAAAUUACCUCAUCGCCAGAGGUUGGAGGAUUCAGUGGAGCAUUGUGCCUGAGGUGUCUGAACCAAUGGAACCUCCGAAGGAAGACUUGACGGUGUCGGAGAAGUUUCAGCUCGUACUCGAUGUUGCACAGAAAGCGCAGAACCUUUUUGGUAAAAUGGCAGAUGUUCUGGAGAAGAUAAAGAACCUGUUCAUGUGGGUGCAGCCGGAGAGCACCCGCAAACUCUACAUCUGCCUGUGGGUGGCGUUCAUCACCUCCUGCGUCCUGCCGUACAAACUCAUGGGCUUCAUGAUGGGCCUGUACGCCGGAAUCAAAUUCUUCGUCAUAGACUUCCUGUUUAAGAGCUGUCCGAAGCUCCGGGACAAGUACGACACGCCCUACAUCGUGUGGAACAGCCUUCCCACCGACCCCCAGCUCAAAGAGCGGACCAACGCAACCGUGUCGCGGCGGAUCCAGCCGGUGGUUUCUCGGAGCAGCCUGGCCACCGUCCCCUGCGGGGUCAGCAGAGAGGACGACACCGGUCGCUCUCACAGCACCAAGAAGGGAGCUUUCCAUGAGAUCUUCAACCUGCCAGAGUCUGAGCGCCCUCUGGCGGUGUGUGAGAACGGCUGGAGGUGCUGCCUGAUCAACCGGGACAGGAAGAUGCCCACAGACUACAUCAGAAACGGAGUGCUGUACGUCACAGAGAAUUAUCUCUGCUUCGAGAGCUCCAGCUCCCGAUCCAGCUCCUCCAAGAAGAAUAAAGUCAUCAAGCUGGUGGACAUCACUGACAUCCAGAAGUAUAAAGUCUUGUCAGUCCUACCAGGAAGUGGGAUGGGAAUCUCUAUAGCCACUCCGUCGACUCAGAAGCCUCUGGUGUUUGGUGCCAUGAUCCACAGAGACGAGGCGUUCGAGGCCAUCUUCACCCAGUACAUGAAGAUGAUGACCACCACCAAGCCGCCAGCCAGCGCGGAGCUCUAGACGGCCCGGCGUCCCUCCUCCUCUUCCUCCUCCUCCUCCUCCUCUUCCUCCUCCUCCUCCUCGUGAGGCAGAGAGCCUCCUGAGUCUCGGCUGAACUCGAAAACACUGAAACUCCACACCCCGAGCCGUUUCCUCGUCGGAGAUCACCGAGCGGCUUCGACAUCGGUGAAUUUUUUUUCACUUCCGGCCCGGUCGGAGGGGAUUUACGAGGACGACGCCCUCGAAUCCGGGGGUGUCGGUCGGAUCGCGGACAGAAUUAGCUACGCGAGGAGGAUCGGCGUGGUUUUUAUCAAUCAGCUGGAGGCUGGAGAACAGGGGGGGGCCGGCCCCCCCCCGCCUUCCCACCUCACUGACCAACGCACUCGCUGACGACUUCUUCACCUCUCACUGGUUUCUGUUUUGCAUGUGCGAGCGCGCGUGCGUGUGUGUGCGUGUGUGUGUUGAGGUCGUGUUUUUCUUUUUCCUAAGUCAGCGGAGUGACGUCAACUGUAGCAGGAAGAUUUCAAGAAGCGUGGAUGUACAAUGUAUAUCAUCAAAAAAGAAGAAAAAAAGAUUCAAAAACAGGUGUUUCGUCAAACUGCCAGACACACGUAGGAACAAAGAUGUUUUAGCUUUAUGAAUCACUGAAAGAGCAAUCGGUGCCUCUCGGCAAAGCCCAGCAAGACUGUAGGAGUGUGUGAGCGGUCAGUUUUUCCUUUUUAAAUGUUUCGAUGUGUAUUUCUAGCUGUGAAAAUGUCAGAUCAGUAUUUGACUGAUGGAGCCUUUCUCUUAGUUUACAUUGCUGCUGUUUGAUUAUUAGUUUGUCGUCUUUUUUUUUUUUUUUUUUUUUUUUUUUCUGUUUUGAGACACAUUUCAGCAGCGACAUUGCUUUGUAGGUUUCACUGUCGGUCACACAGACAAAAAAAAAAAAUGUAUACAGUAUGUGAACUGUGCAGUUUAUUUUUCCAAAAAAAUGCCUUUGUUUUUAUGAUUUCUCUUGUUUUGUGAAAAAAAAAACAAAAACGCCUUUUUAGAUGAGUGUAAACUGUGUUUCUGGUGCUGAUGAUUGUGUCCAAGACAAGAGCACAAUACUGACUGCCAUCUGGAGACGAGGCCCAGCGAGCGAUCGUUUGUAAAUUCCUCUUUUUAAAGGCACAAUCUGCACAAACGGCGAUAAUUCAGUCCCCACCCCCCCGCCCCCGUCCCCGCUUUUCUCCCUGCACUUUAUCAAAAGCUGGUAACUGGAAUUGUUUUGAUUAGAUUUGAAACGCUCACCACUUUCAGCUGAUCAGUGUUAGCCGUUCGUUCGUGAAGUCUUGAUUGUAUUUCUCCGUUUUUAUUUAGUUCCAUCCGCGCAGCGCAGAGAGAGCAGGAGUGUUAAUUCACAGCAGCGAGCCUGGCAGCCUUGGAGCUAAAAACAGAAGAGAAAGAUCUAUUUGAUCAAUCUGAUUGGAUUCAAGUACACGAGUGUAAAUGUAGUUGUUUUGUUUGUCUGUGAGGUCCAGACCGAACAGUGUCGCUUUAUGUAAAAGGCGCCGUCGGGGGGAGUGAAGCUGGUCUUUGCUCCGGCCCGACGUGUAGAAAUUCUAAUGCCAAACUACGUCAGACACUCGGCUGUGUUUUUAUAAGGCGAGUGGAGACACGACGCAGGACAGGAAGUCUCUGUUUCUCUGCUGCACCAGGUUUAGUUUCCUCACUGGACGAGAGGCCGCCGCAUUUGAAUAUUUACUUAAAGAGGUGGACUCGUUUCUACUCGCUGGCGGCUUCGGUGAUCGUAUUUAACUUGCCGUCACGUUGAAUCAGGACUGGAUAUGAAGCUGCCAGAGACGCAGCAGACCAGUUCAGACAAACACAUUUCUCUUCUGUUCCUUCUUCUUUUUGAGCAAUCAGUGUGAUCUCUGAACCGGAGGAAUCGCUCGUCCCCGCUGUCUCACUGUGUAGUCUUAAAGCUUUUACCGGAAGCCUUCUUGUAGUCUGGUGGGUGUUUGGGCUGCGCUCAGAACAAAAGAAGCACAGAAUGUAUCACAAUAUAAAUGUCUAGCAUUUGUUUUGCCAAAUCUUAAUGUCUUUUUCUUGUGUUUUCUUUCUGCCAUAUUCUGCCUACGCUCAUGUUUACAGAAAGUUGUAAAAUCUUUGUUUUUUUUUUUUCCCCUCAACGGUCCAGUUUGAGUUCCUUUGUCUGUGGAGUAAUGAAGACUGGUUUAUUUUAAACUGAUUGUCCCUCAUUGUCUCUGAAACGUGACCGUCUCUGCCCACGAGCCGCACAAACACCACGACGAGCCGUUUCAGCUCGCCCAGCACGUCGAAGAGUCAUAUCCGCCGCCGCAGCGCCUGGUUUCAGUGUCGUGGAAGUGACCGUGUGCCACAGAUCCCCCGCUUCAGCGCAGAGCGGAGACGGUCGCCGGGGCCUCGAACGCCAACAUCGGCGUUUCGGACGUGAAAUUCCCACUUUGAACAUAGAACCAGUACAUGGGUUAAAGGAACUUCUGUUGUUUAGCUGAAUGAGAAGAUUGAUGAUAUUCUUAUGCAGCUAUUAAAAUAAUUUUUAAUGAUUCAGUUUCUGUGUUUUUAUAUCAGAAAGAUGUUUCUGGUAUGUAAUUACUUUUUUUUUUUUCAAUUGAAUUUGAGCUCUUUUACUCGGCAUAUCUUUCACUCGGUGAGCUUUGAGGCCAAAACGCACAAGAGGAGAAGACUCCAUGGUUUGCAGCAAUUUAGAAAAAUAAACUUUUCAUACCAUCCAUCUUCAAACCUGAACCGCUUCAUCCUGUGCAUCGUCAAUCAAACCCAAAUAAAUAGUCCGAUGACUCACUUCUCAAUCUUCUCAUUUAACUUUGCAACAGUGGACCUGAAGCAGUGCUGUUGUCCUUUCGGGGUCCCUCUGGGUUCGAACCGGUGUCCCUCAUGGUCGUGUUAAAUAUGCAGCUCCUCCACGGUGAGCGUACAGUACGGUGUGUGAACUGUACCGCAGCUCCCGGCUCUGAAUAUUUGAGAACCUGAGUGUUGUCUGGAAGCACUGCGGUCAUCACAAUGAGUAAUGAAUUAGUUAAUCUGUUUCAAUCGCUUCUUCUUUUUGCUUUUUUGUUUUCCUGUGACGGAGGACAUUUGUAUACAAAUUAUUGUACAGUGGAGGAAAAAAAAACAAACCGCUGGGUUUUUAAAAGAUAUGUCUAUUGUAAAGCAUAAUGUGAUGUACAUUUUUUUAAUUUAAGUAAAUGAAUUUAAGCUAAU